GAAGAACAGUGCUUCGAAGUUGGUUACUUAGCGAUUUGGACGCAUGCCUCGGAGCUCCAGUGUCAAACGUAACAUCACUAAUUAAUAUGCAUAUUUCAGCAAUAUUCAGGUCUUCUAGUUAAACAUAUAUUUUCUGCAUUUCUGGAGUAGCUAUAACGUUAGCUAGGUAGCUAGCUAACGUUUGAUAGCUUUGCCAGAUGGAGAAAUAGCUAUUUAGCUAGCUAGCCAACUUUACUUAGCUAACGUUAUGAAUUAUUUGACUUUCAGGACGUGGAAGUUACAACUACUUGCAAGAUUUAAAGAACAACCAUGAGCACUCAAGUAAGUGAAAUAAUUCGCUAACGUUAGCCAAAGCCAAGGUUAGUAGCUAGCUAGGUUAUUUAGUAAGCUAGCUACUUCCUCGGUGCUGUAAUGUUCUGUUGUUUUAGGUAGCUGGCUAACAGUAGCUGCUUGCUGGCUUGGUUAAUCUUGCAAGUAACAAACACACAGGCGUGCUGAAAUCAGCGUGCGUCUGUCUCAGACAGUCAGGUUGUCAUUCUCUCAGUAAAUCUGUCUGUUUGGGGGUGAACCAGAAUCUUUAUUUACAGGAGACGUUGAAUAUGGCGGUUCUCAUUUUAAGACCAAGAAGCAGCCAUUCACCAGCAUUUCAAGUUUAAUAACGUCAAAAUAGGCUAGUGAGAUACCCCUACCGAGGUAGAACAAAACACAACCAUGUUUUUUCACAUCCCUAAUGUCUCCCAUUUAUGAAAUGGAUGGUUGUGUAAAAAUAUUUUACUGCAAAAGUGGUUGAAUAUUUAUGAAGAAUGUAAGCUUUACUUUUUGGUAGCUGAUUUAAUAGACAACUUUCCAAGUCAAAUGUGCUCUCAUUCAGCGCUGUAUCAUCCUACCUGACAGAGAUGCAUACAGUUACAUGUUUUGUUAUGUUGUGGCUAGUAUAAUCUGCUCUAAGGAGAACAAUUGGGCUCAGACGUCGGUAAUUAAAAAAUGUUGUGUCCAAGGUUUCUUGAACGAUUUUGUAUCUUUAGGCCAUACUCUUGUAAUUGGGUCAGGGGCCACAACAGAUUAUUUUUCAACCACCAUGGAUUUAGCCUCAAAUCCAAAAUGGUGUCCAAAAUCCAAUAUGGCUGCCAUAAUACCAUGCAGGUUAAAUCACAGGUAAAUUCAUUUUUCAGUUGUGUACAGCACCAUAAAGACUGUUUUGGUGUAAAUUAAUUGUAUUCUGAAUCCAAUAUGGCCAACAUGAUUACACUUAAAGACCUUUGUCUGCAUAUAGGUUGUCUUUGUUUAUUUUGUUUUGAAUGUGUUAUUCUGUCUUUAAAAGGGUUUCAAAAGGCUCUUGGUGUACAGUAUGGACUAUGAGUCACACUGCCAUUCCUCUGUUUGAAUACCUGAAGCCAAAUAAUGUUCAAUGUGUGUUCAUGUUUAAAUCUCAUUCACACACUUACAGCAUAUCAACGAUGGGCAAUUCCGCAAAAUAUAAUAACAAGCCUUUCACAACACAAGCACAUAGUGCUUUAACCAAGUUACAGGAAAGCAACCUGUAAUCCAACAGUCAGCUACUCUAGUAGCGUAAAUGUACAACCCUUUUCCCUGACCAGCUUGUGCAGCUAACUGAUCAUUCUGGGAUAGCUGCAGCGUCAAGGCCAGCAUCCUUCCUGCAUGACUGUCGGGGUAUUGGGGCUGUGUGGUGAUCAGUUUCCAAUUCUACAACAGCAGGCACUCAGGAGAUGCAACUUGCAUUUCAAUGAGCCCCAUGACUAAUUGGAAUGUUAUCUCAGCCUGAGUGCUGGGGAUUAGAGGUCUUCAGGGUCCAAAAAGUUGGACCCGUUCCGAAAUGAACCUGGGGCAUUCCCACCCGGACCUGAUAUGCAUAAAUAUAUAUAUUUUUUUAAAUAAAGAGACCCAUUCCGAAUGGACCCGAAGAGAACUAGACCCGUUACGUAUAGACCUGGUCAGAUCCAGACUAGGUCCGAUCCGAGUAAGGAAAGGAGCAGAAAACUACUUUAUUAACCGGCGCUGAUAAAGCGUGAGAGGAGCAGUUCUAGCAGGCGAGUGACAUGGGGAGCAGGGAGGGAGAGACGGCAACCAAACAAGCCGACUUACGCUGUAGUUGACUAAUAGCUGCCAUAGCUAGGUUAUUCAUCAUCAAAUAUGAUUACGUAGUGCCUGUCUUGGACUGCAUCAAACCGGGAGAAGCUACACUGAACAAAAAUAUAAACGCAACAUGUGAAGCGUUGGUUUCAUGAGCUGAAAUAAAAGAUCCCAGACAUUUUCCAUAAGCACAAAAAGCUUAUUUUUCUCUAAUUUUGUGCACACAUUUGUUUAUAUCCCUGUUAGUGAGCAUUUCUCCUUUGCCAAGAUAAUCCAUCCACCUGACUAGUGUGGCAUAUCAAGAAGCUGAGUAAACGGCAUGAUCAUUACACAGGUGCACCUUGUGCUGGGGACAAUAAAAGGCCACUCUAAAAUGUGCAAUUUUGUCACACAACACAAUGCCACAAUGUCUCAAGUUUUGAGGGAUUGUGCAGUUGGCAUGCUGACUGCAGGAAUGUCCAAGAGAGCUGUUGCCAGAUAAUUGAAUGUUAAUUUCUCUACCAUAAGCCGCCUCAACGUCGUUUUAGAGAAUUUGGCAGUACGUCCAACCAUCCUCACAACCACAGACCACGUGUAUGGCGUUGUAUGGUCGUGCGGUUUCCUGAUGUCAACAUUGUGAACAGAGUGCCCCAUGGUGGCGUGGGGUUAUGGUAUGGGCAAGCAGGCAUACGCUACGGACAACUAAAACAAUUGCAUUUUAUCGAUGGCAAUUUGAAUGCACAGAGAUAACGUGACGAGAUCCUGAGGCCCAUUGUCGUGCAAUUCAUCCGCCUCAUCACCAUGUUUCAGCAUUAAAAUGCACGGCCCCAUGUAGCAAGGAUCUGGACACAAUUCCUGGAAGCUGAACAUUUCCCAGUUGUUCUAUGGCCUGCAUACUCACCAGACAUGUCACCCAUUGAACAUGUUUGGGAUGCUCUGGAUCGACGUGUACAACAUUGUGUUCCAGUUCCCGCCAAUAUCCAGCAACUUAGCACAGCCAUUUGAAGAGGAGUGGGACACCAUUCCAUAGGCCACAAUCAACAGCCUGAUCAACUCUAUGCGAAGGAGAUGUGUCGCGCUGCAUGAGGCAAAUGGUGGUCACAUCAGAUACUGACUGGUUUUCUGAUCCACGCCCCUACCUUUAAAAAAGGUAUCUGUGACCAACAGAUGCAUAUGUAUUUCCAGUCAUGUGAAAUUCAUAGAUUUCAAGGCACACCUGUUAAUUGAAAUGCAUUCCAGGUCACUAACUCAUGAACUGGUUGAGAGAAUGCCAAUAGUGUGCAAAGCUGUUAUCAAGGCAAAGGAUGGCUACUUUGAAGAAUCUCAAAGAUAAAAUAUAUUUUGAUUUAACACUUUUCGGUUACUACAUGAUUCCAUAUGUGUUAUUUCAUAGAUUUGAUGUCUUCACUAUUAUUCUACAAUGUAGAAAAUAGGAAGAAUAAAGGAAAAACCCUUGAAUGAGUAGGUGUGGAUUUAGACCUCGUUUUGGAAGUACAUACAGGCCGUGACAGCAGUAAUGACAAUAGUUGCUCAGCGAAACUCCAUUAUUUGGUAAGUACCGAACGUAUUUUGACAUUUUUAAGCUUGGAAAGCUGGUGUAUGGCAAGUUGAAUGGCUGCUUCCUGGGCUUAAAGGAGAAUCGGCAUAUUCAACGUCUCCUGUAAGCUCAGAUUCUGGUUCAGGUAGGGGGAAGCCAUGUAAGGUGAUUACAUAAUGAGUUGUGAAAGCUACCUGUGCAUGAUUCAAUAACAAUUUAUUUUCUUUCCAGUACAGUAUUCUGUUCAAGCAAGAGCAUGGUGAGUUUUGUCUAACUCAUCCUCAAUAUUAACCCCCCUGUCCCAGACUCAUUACAUUUUGACAUGAAUAUUUUCCUCUAAAUGGAAUGUAAUUUUAUUCUUGUAAUUCCAUUUUUGGUUGUUCUAAUAUGUGUGUUUGCCCAUAGCCCACGACGAUGCCAUCUGGACUGCUGCGUGGGGCAGAAGUGAGAGGGAUGGAUUGGAGACAAUAGUUACUGGCUCUCUGGACGACAUGGUGAAAGUCUGGAAAUGGUAAUACACUUUUAAUGCAUCUUUUGAAUCCAAUUGAAUUGAGCAAGUACGGUCUACACUAAGUUGACUUCUCUCUUCUCUCUCUUUCCACUCAGGUCAGACGAAAAGUUGGAGUUGCAGUGGACCCUGGAGGGCCACCAGCUGGGUAUAGUCUCAGUAGAUGUCAGUCCCAACGGAGCCAUAGCAGCCUCCAGCUCGCUGGAUGCCCACAUACGCCUCUGGGACCUUGAGUUCGGCAAGCAGAUCAAGUCCAUGGACGCGGGCCCAGGUAGGUCAUUGUCUGGUGGCUUUUCAGCCACAUUAUGCAUUAUUACGAGGGCAUUUGUAGCAGCAAGGCUGGGGACAAUGCGAUUUUCUUUCAGGAAAUGUAUGGAAAAAUUCCAUUUAGUUAUUUUUUCAUGAUUUGGGAUUGACCCCAACCCUGAUGUUAAGUGUGUGCAACAUUGAAGAUGGUCAGAUGUGGUUCAUAGUGUCAGGUUUUGUCAAGCUGCCACCCUUUACAAAGCUCACAUGGCUCAACUGAGUGACCACGACCGACAAACUUGCAGCCAAAGCUAUUGACAUGACAUGUUCCCCUAUGCAAUUGUGUAUGAUUUGUUUAGUUGUUGACUAAUUGUAAUUCAGGCCAGUGCCAUAGGAGUUACAACUCUAUAAAUUGGUUAUAAAGCCUGCUGAGCUGACUAUCCCUGUGUCUGUUCACACUGUACAGUAUCCUCAAGGGUCACCCAGGAUGACACCUUUAUUCUGUUUCUCUCCUCGUUCCAAUCAAACAACUUGAGGAGAAACAAAGUAGCGCAGAAGUGUCAUGGCUUUUACUUCUGUGGGCUUCAAUGACCCCCUCAUGUUUUCUCUCUCUGGUUUUCUGUGUUCAGUAAUGUAAUGAAGGGUCUUUUGUCUCAUUCCAGUUGAUGCGUGGACAGUAGCCUUCUCCCCAGACUCCAAAUACAUUGCCACAGGAAGCCAUCUUGGAAAGGUCAACAUCUUUGGGGUUGAAAGCGGCAAGAAGGAGUACUCUUUGGACACCAGAGGGAAAUUCAUACUGAGUAUAGCCUACGUAAGAAACAAUCAAGAUUGAAUGUCGUGUUUAUUGUGGGCCAUUUUACUGAUCAUUGCAGUGGAACAAGUGUUCACUCAAAAUACAUGUUAUAGGUCGUCUCAUCUCCCCCACACACACAUUUUUCACACUUAUACAGUGUUCGCUAGUUUCAACAACAUAAAACAGUGAAAUCUGUAUUUUGACAGCACUAGGCCUUUUUAUAAUAACACCAUGCACACAUACAAUUAGCAUAAGGGCUCUCCAUUUGCACUCUGGGAGAGCAAUUUGCGCAAAUUACUUAAUGCGCAUCUCUGUAAAUGCACUACACCCAACACAUAGGCUAGUCGUUAUGAGUUAUUAUGUUGACUCGAGUAUAGAACAUUUCUGGGAACACAAUUAUAUUUCUAAUACUUGUUUCGAUGUGUCACUUAUGGGGAUAUGCCUUAGGGCGGGGUCACAAGCUCAAAGUAUCCAAUCACACAACAUCUGUUGGACAGGUCGUGUGGCGAAUGAGGUGAGCCCCUCUCCUCCAUAAAGGGAGCCACUCGCCCGCCAACUGGUCAUUCUCGUGACUUCUUUGCGGAAGUGACUGUGUUCACUGAAAGCUUUCCUCAGAGUGACUAGAUUCCUGCCUUCCUACUGAACCGUUCUCAGGCUACCCGCUGAUGAAUGUAGGACAUCAGCUCCUGUUGAUAGUGUUGAGUACAGACUGAAAGGUACGUUUUGCUUAGCGUAUAAUUCAUUUUCUACUCGUCUCCGUUUAGCUAGUGCCACACGGCUAGCUAUCGAGACUUUGUUAGCUCUCGCCGCAAGGCUUUAGCUAACUUGGCUAGCUAGCUGCAAGGCUAGCUAGCCACACAAAGGGGUAGCUCUCGCCGAAAGGCUUAAGCUAACCCAUCUAACUCACCGCAAGGCUAGCUACACCAAACUAGCUUUUCUACCUGCAACGGUAGAAUUGCUAGCUCUCCUCUGGUGUUUAGCACAACACGCUCACAGGCCGUGUUGACUAGACUGACCACCCUAGCUUCACAGCCCGACGCUCGAGAGACACACUGUUCGUGGAGAGACAAAGAAGGCAUGCGCUUUCUCUGGCAAGCAGUGUGCUAACUAGCUAGGCUAUUAGCCACGAGGCAAACGCUAGCUAGCACACACUUUGCUUGAGGAAUACUAUUCCUCUGAGCCAUGGAGCCUGCUACCCUUGCACAGGGAGAACCUAGCAGGCCUCCUGGCCCCACCCUUGAACUGGCACACCCGUGCCAAUGCGGGGCGACGAUAGCAGGAAAUGAUACACACCCCUGAGCACGCUGCGACAUCACCCGCUAACCUGCUAACUCCCAUCACCGGCGAGUGCACAGAGCAAACCCUAAACACGACUUGUCGCCCUCGCAGCCUUCGGGCAAUGAGGCUAACCCACAUACCCUACCCUCUUGAGAGGAGGCUACAGUUGAAGUCGGAAGUUUGCGUACACCUUAGCCAAAUACAUUUAAACUCAGUUUUUCACAAUUCCUGACAUUUAAUCCUUGUUAAAAUUCCCUGUCUUAGGUCAGUUAGGAUCACCACUUUAUUUUAAAAAUGUGAAAUGUCAGAAUAAUAGUAGAGUGAUUUAUUUCAGCUUUUAUUUCUUUCAUCACAUUCCCAGUGGGUCAGAAGUUUACAUACACUCAAUUAGUAUUUGGUAGCAUUCCCUUUAAAUUGUUUAACUUGGGUCAAAUUUUUUGGUAGCCUUUCACAAGCUUUCCACAAUAAGUUGGGUGAAUUUGGGCCCAUUCCUCCUGACAGAGCUGGUGUAACAAGGAGGGUUUGUAGGCCUCCUUGCUCGCACACGCUUUUUCAGUUCUGCCCACACAUUUUCUAUAGGAUUGAGGUCUAUUAAAAUGCUCAGAAUGUGUCUCCGAGUGCUUGGAUUGAUGGCAUCCACCAUUUCCAUAUUAACGCGGGGACUACUGAGAAAUACUUUCAGCGUUGGGGUGCUGACCACCUUCGCCUGUGUCCACAGAUGGCGGUGACCAAGGACUGUCUCUCGGCUCUCCGCCACCUUUGAUCUUCGUUUCAGGCACUCCUCUAGGGCAGGGUUUCCAUUAGCUGGCAGAUAAAUACAAUUUUGCACAGGCCAAUUGUCCGGGAGAAGAAAUAAUGGCAUUGCGAAAUUAAUUUUAGCUUAUUCAUUGAUGUAGAUACCAGUCGAUGUAAAUACAUUUGACAGGUCAUGCUUAUUGGUCUAUAGGUUAAUUUGCAUCAUUUAGUGGAAUGAAAUUGGCGCGUGUAUAUUCAUUAUUUACAUUUGUCAUUUAGCAGACGCUCUUAUCCAGAGCGACUUACAAAUUGUUAUGUAUCUUAUUAAUCACACGCAUACAGAUAGAGCGCCUUUGAGCAAAAAUAUGUCAGACAGCGCGAGGGCUGCUGCUGCAGCAUCUCAAACUGCAAAUGCAUAAGCAACGAAGGCGGGUUUCAUCAGCACAUCACUUUGCAAUGAGCUGGAGGCAGUAUGCAUUUUGAAAACAUAUUUGUAUUGAUUAGGGAUCACCAUUAGCUGGUGCCAAGGCAGCAGCUACUCUUCCUGGGGUCCAAACACAUUAAGGCACUUAUAUUACAUAUAAAACAAAAGAUAAAACAGUACAUCAUACAACAUUAUUACACCACCACAUACAAAAUGUAUAAUACAACCAUACAACAAUAUUAAUGUACGUGUGUGUAGAGUGCGUGUACUAGCGCUUGUGUGUGUAGGCGUCUGUACCUUGUGUGUCUUUUCAGUCCCCGCUGUUCCUUAAGGUAUAUUUGUAUCUGUUUUUUAAAUCUGAUUCUACUGCUUGCAUCAGUUACCUGAUGUGGAAUAGAGUUCCAUUUAGUCAUGGUUCUAUGUAGUUCUGUGCGCCUCCCAUAGUCUAUUCUGGACUUGGGGAUUGUGAAGAGACCUCUGGUGGCAUGUCUUGUGGGGUAUGCAUGGGUAUCCGAGGAGUGUGCUAUUCGUUUAAACAGACAGCUCGGUGCAUUCAGCUUGUCAACACUUUACAAAAACAAGUAGUGAUGAAGUCGAUCUCUCUUCCACUUUGAGCCAUGAGAGAUUGACAUGCAUAUCAUUAAUGUUAGCUCCCCGUGUACUUUAAAGGGCCAGCUGUGCUGCCCUGUUCUGAGCCAAUUGAAAUUUUCCUAAGUCCCUCUUUGUGGCACCUGACCACACGACUGAACAGUAGUCCAGGUGCGACAAAACUAGGGCCUAUAGGACCUGCCUUGUUGAUAGUAUUGUUAAGAAGGCAGAGCAGCACUUUUAUGGACAGAGUUCUCCCCAUUUUAGCUACUGUUGUAUCAAUAUGUUUUGACCAUGACAGGUUAUAAUCCAGGGUUACUCCAAGCAGUUUAGUCACCUCAACUUGCUCAAUUUCCACAUUAUUCAUUACAAGAUUUAGUUGAGGUUUAGGGUUUAGUGAAUGGUUUGUCCCAAAUGAAAUGCUUUUGAAAUAUUUAGGACUAACUUAUUCCUUGCCACCCAUUCUGAAACUAACUGUAGCUCUUUGUUAAGUGUUGCAGUCAUUUCAGUUGCUGUGGUAGCUGAUGUGUAUAGUCAUCCACAUACAUAGACAUACUGGCUUUACUCAAAGCCAGUGGCAUGUCGUUAGUAAAGAUUGAAAAAAGUAAGGGGCCUAGACAGCUGCCCUGGGGAAUUCCUGAUUCUAUCUGGAUUAUGUUGGAGUGGCUUCCAUUAAAGAACACCCUAUGUGUUCUGUUAGACAGGUAACUCUUUAUCCACAAUAUAGCAGGAUGUGUAAAGCCAUAACAAGUUUUUCCAACAGCAGACUAUGAUCGAUAAUGUCAAAAGCCGCACUGAAAUCUAACAAAACAGCCCAACAAACUUUUUAUAAUCAAUUUCUCUCAGCCAAUCAUCAGUCAUUUGUGUAAGUGCUUGUUGAAUGUCCUUCCCUAUAAGCGUGCUGAAAGUCUUGUCAAUUAGUUUACUGUAAAAUAGCAUAGUAUCUGGUCAAACACAAUUUUUCCCAAAAGUUUACAAAGGGUUUGUAACAGGCUGAUUGGUCGGCUAUUUGAGCCAGUAAAGGGAACUUUACUAUUCCUAGGUAGCGGAAUGACUUUUGCUUCCCUCCAGGCCUGAGGGCACACACUUUGUAGUAGGCUUACAUUUUAAGAUAUGGCAAAUAGGAGUGGAAAUAUCGUCCGCUAUUAACCUCAGUAAUUUUCCAUCCAAGUUGUCAGACCCCGGUGGCUUGUCAUUGUUGAUAGACAACCAUUUUUUCACCUCUUCCACACUCACUUUACGGAAUUUAAAAGUACAAUGCUUGUCUUUCAUAAUUUGGUCAGAUAUACUUGGAUGUGUAGUGUCAGCGUUUGUUGCUGGCAUGCCAUGCCUAAGUUUGCUAAUCUUGAAAAUCUAAAAAAUCAUUAAAGUAGUUGGCAAUAUCAGUGAGUUUUGUGAUGAAUGAGCCAUCUGAUUCAAUGAAUGAUGGAGCCGAGUUUGCCUUUUUGCCCAAAAUUUCAUUUAGGAUGCUCCAAAGCUUUUUAAUAUCAUUCUUUGUUUCAUAGUAUCUUUUUUUAUUUAGUUUAGUCACAUGAUUUCUCAAUUUGCAGUUCGUUUGUCAAUCGGUUUUAUUGCCAGACUUAUUUGCCAUAGCUUUUGCCUCAUCCCUCUCAACCAUACAAUUGUUAAAUUCCUCAUCAAUCCAUGGGAAUUUAACUGUUUUUAGUCAUUUUCUUAGUGGGUGCAUGCUUUUUAGUAACUGGAAUAAGCAAUUUCAUAAAUGUCUUAAGUGGCUACUAUAUUGUGAUCAAUACAUCCUAUGGAUUUGGAUACUGCUUUAACGCAAAUUUCUGCAGCAUUAGUAAAGACGUGAUCAAUACAUGUUGAUGAUUUCAUUCCUGUGCUGUUUGUAACUACCCUGGUAGGUUGACUGAUAACCUGAACCAUGCUGCAGGCACUGGUUACAGUUUGAAGCAUUUUCUUGAGUGGGCAGCUUGAUGAAAGCCAGUCAAUAUUGAAAUCACCUAGAAAAUAUACCUCUGUUGAUAUCACAUACAUUAUCAAGCAUUUCACACAUUAUCCAGAUACUGACUGUUAGCACUUGGUCUAUAGCAGCUUACCACAAGAAUGGGCUUUAAGUGAGACAAAUGAACCUGAAGCCAUAUUACUUCAACAGUAUUUAACAUGAGAUCCUCUCUAAACUUGAUAGGAAUGAUGUUUCGGAUUUCAUUAAGAAGGACCACACAUUGUUACAUCCUCGAUUUGCAUGUUCUGAUGAGAUGAAUUACCAUAAUCUAAAUGUGAUUUCUGUCAUUAUGAGCACCCGUAGGUGGAUGCCCUAAUCAGGUUACGCAGCCAAUGCAUAUGGGUCCGGUACAUUUCUCAAAUGUCCAGUAAAUUAAAAUGCUGCUGGUCAAAUGUCCAGCGCCACAUUUUCUCAACGGAAACCCUUCCCUAGAGAUAGUGUCAUCGAGGAAGAUGGUGACGACAGACGCGUCACUCACAGGGUGGGGCGCAGUUCACGAGGGAAGAGCAAUAAAUGGAUUGUGGUCCCCACAGCUCGGCCGUGCUCAGAUAAAUUACCUCGAACUGCUCAGUGUUUCUCGCAUAGAUACACUGCUUUCACUACUCACGUGGGAGCUGACUUGUUAUCCAGAGGGAAUCCCCUAUACGGGGAUUGGAGACUGAACUAGAUCUGGGAGAGAUACGGUCUAGCCACUGUAGAUCUCUUUGCAUAACACAAACAAACGGGGGGUCACAUGUGGCUCAGUUGGUAGAGCAUGGCACUUGCAACGCCAGGGUUGUGGGUUCGAUUACCACGGGGGACCAGUACAAAUAGAAAAAUGUAUGCACUCUACUGUAAGUCGCUCUGGAUAAGAGCGUCUGCUAAAUUACUUUAAAAAUCUAAAUGUAGCAGGAUACGCACCACUGUGACUGGAAACACUGGCACACCCUUGGCCAAGUGUGAUGCUCUGCGUGUUUCCUUAUCUAUGCUUGAUUCUCCCCACUCUCAACAGAGUGAGGGAAGAAAGACUAUCCUUCAUCUUGGUAGCCCCUCGAGAUCAUUCUCCUGCUUUGAUGACGAGCCCUGGGAACUACCGUUAUGCAGGGAUCUUUUGACCCAGCUGAACUGAGAUUUUCCACCCUCACCCCUGAAACUAUGGCCCUCUGGGCCUGGUCCGUGAGAGGUUAAAUCUAAAUGUGACAGGCUUGUCUCUGAGUCAUUUUGCCUGUCCAGAGUGCCAGGGCUCCUUCUACACGCUCACUGUAUGGAAACAAUUGGUGCAUUUUUUGAGAACUUGUGUGACCGAAAAGCAGUGGUUGGAACCAAAAUUAUUUUCCAAUCUUUCCUUCUCAGAACCAUAAUUCUUUCCCAUUCCUUUCCACUGUUCCGACCAGCAAAAUAAAGUUCUGAACCAGUUCGAAACCCCCAAAAAGUACCAGUUUAUGUAAUUCCUUUCUGUUCCUUUUUAAAACUCCUGAAAUUAUUAUUUUUGUUUUGUUUACGUUUAGCUCUACAUUAUUUCACUAGUCAUUGCGGAUAGAGCAGCUUGCUGUGGAGCGGGUAAGACAUUUUAAUCUGUAUAGGAAAGUCGUUAAGAGCUAAUUGUAUUGCCAUAACAGCAUGGUUUAAUCAUAAUGAAAGACAAACACACUGUGCUGCCAGUCACAGUGUAGGGCGCGAUACACAACAUUUUUAGGGUGGGGAUGGAGGAAGAGUGCUUUGAAGCUCUGGGCAUUUUGUUAUGACAUGCAUUAUCUGAGUUAGGCCCACAGAAUUAUACCUACGGAGGAGUGGCUUCUAUGGAGGAACUUUGAAUGUCUUUGAAAUUCCGAGUUGGUUUAACGUUGGACCAUUGCAAAUGUUAGCUAGCUAGCUAAUAAGUUUGUGUUUGCAGAGCAGCACUAGAAUUAAAAACACGUCUUACCUUUUUUGUAGUUAAUAAAUCCAAUGUGAAACGUGAUAACUAUAGGAUCCUUAACUAGCAUUGGAUUUCUGAAUUACACUUGUAACAUUGUCAGUAGGCUAUAGUAACCUAUGCUUCAGAAGGGAGGGGCAGGUAGCCUACACACACGCACACCCACUGGCAAAGAUGUCCAGCUGGCAGGCAGACGCUGCAGUAAGUUUCUGAGUGACAGAAUGAGGGCUUUGCAUAGGUGUUUUUUUUGCGAUUUGUGGGACUGGGAAAAAAUGCCCGGAACGUAAAAUAACGUUAUCAACCGGUUCCCAUGCUUUUAACCACCUAGUUGAUUUCCACGUCCGCGGCAAUCUAAUUAGCAUAAUAAAAAAAUCCCCUUUUUAAACUAGUUUAAGCUAGAGAUCUGUAUUUUUUUGCAUUGGAUGCAUCUCAAUCCACCACAUCCGCAGUGAAAGGUGGCAGAGCUAGAGCCGUGUUUGUCAGAGAAUGAGACAUCCCGAAAAUCUGUCUUCUCAUGAAAACGUUUGUAGCGUCCAAACUAUUAUGACCCCUCUAUGGAAAGAUUACUCUCACGAACAUCAUGGUGUGCUCCGUUUUGCUCUAUGAACCCCCCCCCCCCCGUAAUAGCAAGGGUUUACAGCCCCCGGGGGGCCUGAGGGCUCAUUCCUGCAGAGGUAUGGCUACCUCUUGGGCACUGUUCAAAGGCAACAUUUGCAAGGCGUCAUGUUGGGCCACCCCUCAUACUUUUGAGGUUUUACCGACUGGAUGUAACUGCACCUUCAUUGGCGCGUACUGUCUGAGACCUGAGGGGUGAUGCUAUUGGAACUACCCUGGCUUUGAAGAGCAUGUCUGCGUUACAGGAGUUGGCCAUAUCCCAUAAGUGACACGUCGAAACGAGUAUUAGAAAUAGAACUUUGGGUUACUUUCGUAACCCUGGUUCUAUGAGAAUACGAGUGAGAUGUCACUGCUUUUCCCUGCUUGCAAGAGCGCAAGGAAGAGAGGCAUGCUCGAGAAUAACCAGUUGGCGGGCGAGUGGCUCCCUUUUAUGGAGGAGAGCGACUCACUUCAUUCGCCACUCGACCUGGAGGAGAGGGACUCACUUCAUUCGCCACUUGACCUGUCUCUGACAGACACUGUGUGAUUGGAUACUUCGAGCUUGUGACCCGCCCUGCUUUUCCCAUAAAACCAGGGUUACACAAGUAACCUAACAUUUUAAAGAACUGAGUGGCUGCUGAUCAGACUUUUCCCUGACCUUUUUUUCAGAGCGCUAAAGGUCCCGAAGCUUAUGCGCAUGUUUAUUCUCUACUUUAAGUAGUAUAGAACAGGCUACUGGCGCUUGUUUAAUAUAGUUAGAUGAAAGCUGAAUCAAUGUCUGCAAGAACCCCCCCCCCCCACCCCACAUUUUUCUCUCAUGUGGCCAAAACUCAAUAGUGCGUACCUCUAGGCAAAAUAUCAAAUCGUAUGUCACAUGCGCCAAAUACAACAGGUGUAGACCUUACCGUGAAAUGCUUACUUACAAGUCCUUAACCAACAAAGCAGUUAAGAUAAAUAAGAGUUAAAAAAAUAUGUACUAAAUCAACACUAAAAUAACAAUAACGAGGCUACAUACGGGGUACCGGUAUCGAGUCAAUGUGGGGGGGUACAGGCUAGUCGAGGUAAUAUGUACAUGUAGGUAGGGGUGAAGUGACUAUGCAUAGAUAAUAAACAGCGAGUAGCAGCAGCAAUGGUUCAGGUAGCUUUUCAGCAGUCUUAUGGCUUGGGGGUAGAAGCUGUUGAGAAGUCUUUUGGACCUAGACUUGGCGCUCCGGUACCACUUGCCUUGCGGUAGUAGAGAACAGUCUGACUAGGGUGGCUGGAGUCUCUAAAUUUUUAGGGCCUUCCACUGACACUGCCUGGUAUAGAGGUCCUGGAUGGCAGGAAGCUUGGCCCCAGUGAUGUACUGGGCCGUACGCACUACCCUCUGUAGUGCCUUGAGGUCGGAUACCGAGGAGUUGCCAUACCAGACGGUGAUGCAGCCAGUCAGGAUGCUCUGGUGCAACUGUAUAACUUUUUGAGGAUCUGAGGACCCAUGUCAAAUUCUCCUGAGGGGGAAUAGGCAUUGUCGUGCCCUCUUCACGACUGUCUUGGUGUGUUUGGACCAUGAUAGUUUGUUGGUGAUGUGGACACCAAGGAACUUGACGCCCUCGACCAGUAGGCUAGCUACAGUUUAACACCAUCUGCUCUAAAUUUCACUCACUUUACAUCAUUCAACUACUUCGAAACGACACUAUAACUCUGAUCUAAAUGCAUAUUCCCAUGAGACUGAGAUCAAAUGGUUGGUAUGGAGAUGCUGCAUGGUUAUUUCACCGGUAAAACUAUAAGCGUUAUCAUUCACGAUUGACAGUGCAAAAUGUGAAGGGAAAGACCCAACAAAUCUGUGUGUAAAGUAGAGGUAAAGAAACAUGCGCAGAAGCUUUGGGACCUUUAGCGCUCGGGAAGAAAGGUCCAGAAAAGUCGGAUCCGCAGCCACAGCCUUUAAAGAAUUGGCUGUGCUGCAACUAUCAAAUGUUCCUGAUAAUUAAUUAACUUCUUCAGCUGGCAAUGGUAUCAUAGUUUUUAUCCCACAUUUUGCCUUUGACUACACCAAUAACAUCUAGUUAAACGUUAAAAUACAACAGUUCAAAGCAAGCUUUAUAACUAUCAGAAAUACUUGAAUUUGAUAUUUCCCUAUUAUUUUCUUCCCCAGAGUCCAGACGGAAAGUACUUGGCUAGUGGAGCUAUAGAUGGAAUCAUUAACAUCUUUGACAUUGCCACUGGGAAACUACUCCAUACGCUCGAAGGUACAUUCUCUGGCCUCUGUGUCCCUCAACUACUUUUCUUCCACUCCAUCUCAGUAGCUAGGUUUCCAUCCAAUUGGCGACAGGUUUUCAUGUGAAUAUUCUAAAAUCAGCAUAAAAACAAUGUGCAUUUUCCCACCAGAGAUGUUUCCAUCAAAUUGACUUGUUGCGGAUAAAUUCCCAUGUAACAAAUAAAAAAUACAAGUAAAUGGGUUUCUACCGCAUUUAACUCUACUGAUCAUUUUUGUCGCGAAAAGAAAGUGUUAUAUAGCGAAUGUGGUCUUUACACGUACGCUCUAGUCAUCAGCUCGCAGACAGUGGGAAUAGGCUAGCUACACAUCUAUUAUGUACAAAAGAGUGAGAUUUAUUUUUAUUUGUCAAACUGCAGCCAACCACCAAUCGUCAUGUCACCAGAAUAAGACCCUUGAUAUUUAUUGGAAAGCAGCAUCAAGCUCAUCACUGUGCACUUUAAACACCCUGUGAAGUUCAUUAUAACUUAUUUCAUCUGAAGCCUAAUAAACUUAAUGCUUUCCCGAGUCAUAGUGGGAUAAUAUACCAUUGUGUGAUUCCAAGUUUAGUCGAUAUGGUUAUUAUAUCAAUGUUUGCACAUAAAGGCAUUUCUACCAUUUCUUGCAUAAUUCAUUUUACCGGCACAAAAAGAGCCCACCUUAGCGUAUUUUGUUUUGUCGACAUUUGGAAAGUUUACUGAAACAUUUGCUUUUUCCAUCAGGCCUGUUGUGAAAUGUAUUUGUUUUAUCAAAUGUACUUAACUCUCAUAAAAAGGUUGGAUGGAAACGUGGUUAGUGAAACAUUUCACUGGCUGCUAUGUGACUCAAUCUACAAUGGACAAUGUAAUGCGUCUUCAAAUUGAAGGGGUAUAGCUCUCACGAAUUGUCAGCACUAUAUCUCUGUCUGAAGACAAGCUGUGUGUGUGUGUGUGUUUUAAUCGAGCAUGCUGUCUCCCUCUCUGUAGGUCACGCCAUGCCUAUCAGAUCGCUGACGUUCUCUCCAGACUCACAACUCUUGGUCACUGCCUCAGAUGAUGGCUACAUCAAGAUUUAUGACGUGUAAGUUCACUGGGGAGUUAAUGGCCAUCUGACUUGACUGCUCUCAUUUUAGGGUAUUGUGGUGUAGAAUUAGAAUCCUACAGACUGUUCCAAAUAAAACAAUUUAUGGCUGUAUUGCUUUGUGUUUUUAAGGCAAUGUAUCUAUGAAUUGAAUGUUGGGGAUAUAUUUGACAUAACUUUCUAAAUCUUGGUGGUUCUCUUUUGAGAUCCAAAUGAAAUGUCAAAUUACAGUAUGUCGCACAGGUCCACGCUGACUUCCAGUGAUGGCUCACCCUGAAAUCACCCCAAAGUCUGUCAGACCUUUUCAGACCUCAGCAGUGGUCUGAUGCCAAGCAGAGUCCCUAUUCUCAUAUGUUGCUGUUGCUAUCACGUUCCUUUUUUGGAAGACAAAAUAACUAUUUGAAAAAAGUAUUAACUGACGCAGAUAUGGUUGCAAAGCUACCAGUAAUAAUAUGGCAACCUUUUGUUAAUUUAUAAAUAUAUAGUAUAUUUUUAUAUCGUCCAUGAGUUUCUAGUGGUUAGACCAUAUGGUUCAAGAGAAAAUAGCCUAAUUAAUGAAAAAAGCAUCUAAUCAACAAUGGCAUUAUUUUCAAUUAACUCUGCAACUCUUCCAACUAUUGACUUUUUUCACAACUGCCACCAGUUUGGAGCCAAAGCAUUGACAACAAAGACAUGGUAAAAUAAACAAGUGUGUAAAUAUAAGAAAACAGGUUUUUAGAAAUGUUUGCAAAUGAAUUCAAAAUAAAAAACAGAUACCUUAUUACAUAAGUAUACAGACCCUUUGCUAUGAGACUCGAAAUUGAGCUCAGGUGCAUCCUGUUUCUAUUGAUCAUCCUUCAGAUGUUUCUACAACUUGACUGAAGUCCACCUUUGGUAAAUUCAAUCAAUUGGACAUGAUUUGGAAAGGCACACACCUGUCUAUAUAAGGUACCACAGUUAACAGUGCAUGUCAGAGCAAAAACCAAGCCAUGAGGUCAAUGGAAUUGUCCGUAGAGCUCCGAGACAGGAUUGUGUCGAGGCACAAAUCUGGGGAAGGGUACCAAAACAUUUCUGCAGCAUUGAAGGUCUCCAAGAACACAGUGGCCUCAUCAUUCUUAAAUGGAAGAAGUUUGGAACCACCAAGACUCUUCCUAGAGCUGGCCGCCUGGCCAAACUGAGCAAUCGGGGGAGAAGGUCCUUGGUCAGGGAGGUGACCAAGAACCCGAUGUUCACUCUGAUAGAGCUCCAGAGUUCCUCUGUGGAGAUGGGAGAAUCUUCCGGAAGGACAACCAUCUCUGCAGCACUCCACCAAUCAGGCCUUUAUGGUAGAGUGGCCAGACGGAAGCCACUCCUCAGUAAAAGGCACAUGACAGCCCACUUGGAGUUUGCAAAAGGCACCGUCACGUCUGGAGGAAACCUGGCACCAUCCUUACGGUGAAGCAUGGUGGUGGCAGUAUCAUGCUGUGGGGAUGUUUUUCAGCAGCAGGGACUGGGAGACUAGUCAGGAUCGAGGGAAAGAUGAACGGAGCAAAGUACAGAGAGAUCUUUGUUGAAAAUCUGCUCCAGAGCGCUCAGGACCUCAGACUGGGGCGAAGGUUCACCUUCCAACAGGACAACGACCCUAAGCACACAGCCAAGACAACGCAGGAUUGGCUUCAGGACAAGUCUCUGAAUGUCCUUGAGUGGCCCAGCCAGAGCCCGGACUUGAACCCGAUCGAACAUCUCUGGAGAGACCUGAAGAUAGCUGUGCAGCGACGCUCCCAAUCCAACCUGACAGAGCUUGAGAGGAUCUGCAGAGAAGAAUGUGAGGAACUCCCCAAAUACAGGUGUGCCAAGCUUGUAGCGUCAUACCCAAGAAGACUUGAGGCUGUAAUCGCUGCCAAAGCUGUUUCAACAAAGUACUGAGUAAAGGGUCUGAAUACUUAUGUAAAUGUUAUAUAUAUAUAUAUAUAUAUAUAUAUAUAUAUAUAUAUAUAUAUUAGUUUUUUUACAUUUACAGGAAUUUCUAAACCUGUUUUUGCAAAAGUAUGGACACCCCUUCAAAUGAGUGGAUUCGGCUAUUUCAGCCACACCCGUUGCUGACAGGUGUGUAAAAUCGAGCACACAGCCAUGCAAUCUCCAUAGACAAACUUUGGCCUUACUGAAGCGCUCAGUGACUUUCAACGUGGCAUCCUGUCAUAGGACCUUUCCAAGUCAGUUCGUCAAAUUUCUGCCCUGCUAAAGCUGCCCCGGUCAACUGUAAGGGAUGUUAUUGUGAAAUGGAAACGUGUAAGAGCAACACUGGCUCAGCCGCGAAGUGGUGGGCCACAAGCCCACAGAACGGGACUGCAGAGUGCUGAAGCACGUAAAAAUCUGUUGUCCUUGGUUGUAACAUUCACUACCGAGUUCAAAACCUGCCUCUGGAAGCAACGUCAUUACAAGAACUGUUCGUCGGGAGCUUCAUGAAAUGGGUUUCCAUGGCCGAGCAGCUUGCACACAAGCAUAAGAUCACCAUGCGCAAUGCCAAGCGUUGGCUGGAGUGGUGUAAAGCUCACCACCAUUGGACUCUGGAGCAGUGGAAGAAAUGUGUUCUCUGGAGUGAUGAAUCACGCUUCACCAUCUGGCAGUCCGAUGGACAAAUCUGGGUUUGGCGGAUGCCAGGGGAACGCUACCUGCCCCAAUGCAUAGUGCCAACUGUAAAGUUUGGUGGGGAAGAAAUAAUGGACUCGGGCUGUUUUUCAUGGUUCGGUCUAGGCCCCUUUCAGUUCCAGUGAAGGGAAAUCUUAAGGCUACAGCAUACAAUGACAUUCUAGACGAUUCUGUGCUUCCAAUUUUGUGGGGAAGGCCCUUUCCUAUUUCAACAUGACAAUGCCCUGUGCACAAAGCGAGGUCCAUACAGAAAUGAUUUGUCGAGAGCGGUGUGGAAGAACUUGACUGGCCUUCACAGAGCCUUGACCACAACCCCAUCGAACACCUUUGGGAUGAAUUGGAACACCGACUGCGAGCCUGGCCUAAUCGCCUAACGUCAGUGCCCGACCUCACAAAUACUCUUGUGGCUGAAUGGAAGCAAGUCCCUGCAGCAAUGUUCCAACAUCUAGUGGAAAGUCUUCCCAGAAGAGUGGAGGCUGUUAUAGCAGCAAAGGGGGGACCAACUCCAUAUUAAUGCACAUGAUUUUGAAUUGAGAUGUUCGAUGAGCAGGUGUCCACAUACUUUUGGUCAUGUGGUGUAUUUGAUUAACACUUGGAAAAUGUUGUUUUGCAGGCAGCAUGCCAAGUUGGCAGGCACUCUAAGUGGCCACGCGUCCUGGGUCCUCAACGUAGCUUUCUCCCCCGACGACACGCAUUUUGUGUCCAGGUAAAGUGUGUAUGCUUGCUUGUGUUAAAUCAGUAACAGUUUUGGUUUAUAAUAGUGAGAUCCCAGAUCAUAUUUGAUGUGAUUUAAUAAUGGCAGGUGCCAAGGUCUAAUUCAAAGACCAUAGAACCAUUGUCACCUGCAUUUCUUUCACCAAUCCAGUCAUAACUUCAAUGAUGGGAGAAGGAAGAGACCCUAUUUCCAAAGUGCUCCAACAAGUUUUUUUUGUUUCACACACAUUCAGAUUUUUGGGCUAGAGUCUACAAACUACAAAUGAAAGGUGUGACUCCAAGAAGAAGUGUUUUGAAUUAUUGGGGAUGACAAGAAAAAAUACUUUUUUGUCUUUGCUCCUCUCAGCUCCUCAGACAAGAGUGUAAAGGUUUGGGACGCCAGCACCAGGGCGUGUGUCAACACAUUCUUCGACCAUCAGGACCAGGUGAGAACAUUCAGUCAACUCCCAACGGCUAAUGGAACAUUUUGUUGAUCCUGAGGACCAUACAUUUGAUAUAGAAAGCACUUCUCGUUUUACAAUCUAAAAAGUGCAUUCAGUGAAGUGCAUGUUGGGGGAACAGGACUCAUAGCCUUAAUCCGCCAUAUUAUUUUCACCUACAGUCUGAUCACAAAAGAAAGAAAAUGAGGGAAGGGAUUAAUAAGACCAUUUGGUCUAAAGCCAUAUACAAUACAGUACACUCAUCUCUCACCCCCUUUGGUGUGAUAGUGGCUGGCCACUCAAAACAGAAUAUGGGAAUUGAUGUGGCUGUUGUCCUACUAUGCCCCCUCCUGUCUUUCUGUUAUGUCUCAGCGCUGGCAGACUGAAUAAUCCGAGCUGUCGUUAGUCUCUACUGCAGACGCCUGUAGGGAGGCUUAAUCUUCUCUGGAAGAAAGCUACAAAUGUACAGACAUUGCUCUGAGGAGAGGAGAGAUCAGAGGCAGUCGAGUGUCUAGUCUGCUUUCCAUUUUUAGCCUCUGUCUGAAUGAAAGCUGCUGGGAGGUCAGAAUGAUACGGCCAAGUGCAGCGGAUAAAAUAAUCUUUAUUUUGUAGCAGUGUCUCUCGUUCCGACUGGUCACAAUAGACGGAGGAGCUCUUCUUGCUUUUCAGAGGUCGACAGUGUGUAAUGGGUUGUUGAUGAAAGAACAUCCCUUGGUUGUCCCACCACAAUUUGCUCAUUUCAAAGGGUGCAUUUAUUUUACAGAAUAGUAAAAGAUCUGAAAUCUUGUCUGAAUACAUUUGAUGGUGCAGACAAGAUGCAGCCUUCCGUCGUACAACUGCAUUCUAAACUGGUUUUGAAAUGCCUGCAGUGUAUUUUAUGUGACAUGGUGCGUUUUGACAACUGUGCCGCUGUUUUUACACUUAACUGCUGCCCUGAAUGUUGUUCAAGUCUUGUCUGCUGUUUCCCCCCCCCCCUAGGUGUGGAGUGUGAAAUACAACGGCACAGGUUCUAAGAUCGUAUCUGUUGGAGAUGACCGGGCCAUCCAUAUCUACGAUUGUCCCAUGUGAUGCAUCAGCUCUCAUUCCUACCACCUCUCCCAGCAGCAGACCAGGCAGCCUGAAUACUGGCACUCUUAAACCAAGGGAAGCAGGGCGUUCUAGUAAGAGGACCACAAGAACAUAGCUUAUCUUGCCUGGCUCAUCCUGCUUAUGGUGCAGCUCAAUAUUCUGACUUGCUCUCCUUCCUCUCAUCUGCACUGAUCUGAAAACAUAACAGGCAUUUGCAUUCACAAGCCCUGCUCCUUCUCGUGGAGAUGGAAGGUGAGGAGAGGAAGUCUAUUUAGACUAUUGAGAUGCACCUAUGGCCUAGCUCAGUCAGAAUAGCCCAUGGUUGCUCCACUGAGCCAGAGCUAAACUGCUCUGGAUUCAUCCACUGAAAUCCAACAAUGAUUGCGGAAGAGGUUCAAUGUCAUUGAUUAUUUUGCACUUCACUGUACCUUGCCCUCCUUUUUGUUGUACUCAAAAUAAAGGAUUUUUUGUAUUUUCAUUUCCCCAACUAAUUUAAGUUAAUGCUCCUUCCUACCAGUGCAUGAUUUAUUCAAUUAACUUUAACAUUUGCUGUAAAUUAUUUUCAGAAUGGUAACCUAGUCAUUUGUGGAGAUCUAAACUAAUGUCUGCCGCAAAUGAAAUUACCGCAGAUGUUUCCCAGACAGUUUGAAUGUUUAGAAAAACAGUUACCGUACACAGGAUUUCUGCAAAUUGACAGACUUCAGUGAAAAGUGUGGGCACGCAAUUUUAAUCGUCAGAACUUCCAUCUUAGGCUGGCACCAAGGCUACAGUUAGUUAUCCUAUUACGUUACAUACAAUGUGCUCAAGAAGAAAGUAUUGCAAACCAGUGCUCCAUCCAGUGACCAAAAAUUAAUACUGCACAUAGAAUGAAUUCCUAUUCCAAAGCUUGUGUUUAAGAAAACGGUGCAACGUAACGGACACAUUUGCACUUUGCCAUGCCCAUCGUAGAGAAAAUGAGUUCACAUUAAGGGGAGUUUUUCCCAACUGUCCAUGUUCUUAAGGUGGCACAAAAGUAGAUUAGGGUUCAGUGUUUCCCCUGGGAUUUUUUCCCUUUGCCUGGGGGGGGGGGUAUCCGUGGGAAUGCAGCCCUGUGAGAUUUUUUUUUUUUGUAGAAUG